AGAAAGAGAAAUGUGCCAAAAUGACGCAGAGUAAAGUCAUCAAUCAAGCCAAUCCAGGUGUUGAUAAUUAGCGCGUGCCCACGUGACACCACUUCACAGAAGAAGCGACAAAGCAAGAAAAGUGGAUGAAUUCUCAGAUGGAGUAUGCGAUGAAGUCCCUCAGCCUUCUGGCUCCAUCUUCCCUCUCUAAGUGUGUGACAGCUAGCGCAUCCAUGACCCAGCAGCUUCUGGUUGGUCGAGGUCCCCGCCCAAAGCCCUUCAGAGUCACGAAUGCCGACCGCAGCGCGAAGAAAGGAAUCAUGGCCGACACGUUGGAGGACCUGAUGAACAAGGCCAGCAACUCGUUCAGUGUGCCAUGUAUUAGCGCUCUGCUUCUUGAUGAAGACGGCACAGGAGUGGACACAGAGGACUUCUUCCAGACCCUGCCUGAAAAUGCCGUCCUCAUGGUGCUGGAGAAGGGCCAGACUUGGACCCCAAAUACUAAUAUCUUCUCCAGACAUCAGCUUAGUGAGAGCAGCCAGCAGCACCGGACAGACGUGGCCAAACUUACUUUUGACCUCUACAAGAACAACCCCAAUGAUUUCAUCGGCUGCCUGAACGUGAAAGCAACGCUGUACGGAGCAUAUUCUCUGUCCUAUGACCUGCACUGUUACGCAGCAAAAAAGAUGCUAAAGGAGGCUCUGCGAUGGACCAUCUUCUCCAUGCAGGCUACAGGCCACAUCCUGCUGGGUUCCUCCUGCUACAUUGAGCAGCUGCUGGAGGAGGAGGAGGAGCGAGCAGAGAAGAGCCUUGCACUGCCACAGGAGAGCAGGAUCAGGCAGCUGCAGGGGAUGCUGCUGGGAAAGAUGGCCCACUGAUGAUGGACGAGAGCUUACAAGAGUGCAGAAAACACAUCCAUUCUAGGGUAGACGCUGUGUAGGUGAAACAGGUGAUCUCUGCCUGUUCAUGCUCUCUGUGCAGUUCUCAGACAUUCAAACUCUUAAGUCUCUUCUGUUACAUUUAAUUGCCCCUUAUGUACAUAUUUUUUUCUCAGAAAGCACUUUAACUCACCACUGUGUGACUUUAUCCUCUAAAGCUCAAUGAAUAAAACUGGCACUUUUUA